ACAGGAAUAUUUUGUUUUAUGCACUUGCAUAGACUCAGCUUAUCGCAGGAGUUUCAGUUGCAGCGCAUCGAAUUGCCUGCCAAAAUACACUGGUGUCAAGAAAAAUCAAUUGCAAAAGGUGAAAAUAUGUUGAGAUAUAUGCAAGUUUUGUAUAAUUGGCUAAUGGUUUUUGCAUAUAUAUUCACUGAAGUCAUUAAAUCACUGCAUCCAAAUGCAGUUUCAAAUUAUUGGGUAUUAGGUAAUCAAACUUCGCCACUUUAGCUCUAGAACAGCUGGGUAUACACAUUUGAAAGGGUAGUCAAAAGUGGUAGUGGGUGGCUAUUAACUUGGCCAAGGAAUCAACAGCAACGUACGUGUUUCUAGCCACCAAUGUGUUCUGAAAUGCAGUUCGAUGUGCAUUCAUUAGGCGUAUGCAAACGUAUAAUUAUUGUAUCUAUGCUAAGCACUGCAAAUGCCAAUUUGCAACGCAAGUCGAGUUUGGCUUCAUGAAAAAAGGAGGUUGGUUAUGGAGCUUUAAUAUGCUAUUGUGUUUGGUAACUACACUGUGCAAGAAAAUGUUCAAAACUUUUUUCAAUUGGAUAAUGUACAUUUUUGUUUCCAACGAAAUGUCGAAAAGAUUAAAUCAUUUCAGAAGGUAAAAGUUAAAAUUUAUGUUUCACUGUGUGUUAGGUUUGUGCUAGGGAACAUUUUUGGCUUGUACUUGAGUUAUCCGUGUGUAUGUAAAGCCUUAUUUUGAAGAAUAUUUUCGAGACAGAAAUAAAACUGAUAACUAUUUUAAUUCAACGACUAUAAAAGCGGGUUAGCAUUUGAAGUUUGGUCACAGCUAAAGAAAUGUUCCUUCAAACAGUUCGGUAUCUGCUGUUGGCGGCGAUUCUUGGACCCAUCCUGGUGGCGUCCGAGGGAAUCGAGUCCUACGAGAACUACUACAACGAGAUCCAUGUGGAUGACGAGCAGGCGGAGGCCAAGACCCGCAAUGCGUUGACUUCUCCGCUCCAACGCUGGCCAGGCAACAAGAUAUUCUACCGCAUAUCCACGGACUACAGUGAUCAGGAGGUGGCCAAUGUGCGGACAGCAAUGGCGAGUUUUGGGGAGCAAACCUGCGUGCAGUUCGAGGAGAUCGAAGGAUCUGCUCCCGCGGGCAAGCGAUAUGUGUCCUUCAAGAAGUCGCCCAACAUGUGCGGCACUCGGGUGGGCUAUCAACCCCUGUCCUUUGGUCCGCACGAAGUUGUCCUCAACGAGAGAUGCCUCACCAUGCCGGCUGUGAUUCAACAUGAGACCCUUCACCUGCUGGGCCUUUUCCACGAGCAGAGUCGUCCCGAUCGCGAUGAGUACGUGCAAAUCGACUACGACAAUAUCCCGCGGAAGUACUGGUCGCAGUUCAUGGCCAUGGAUCAGACGACCACCUUCAAUGUCCCAUACGACUACGAGAGCGUUAUGCACUAUUCGAAGAACGCCUUCGCCAAGGAUCCCGCAAAGCCAACCAUUCGAGCCCUCAUCGGUGGCAAGGCGGUGGAAAGGGAAAUGGGUCAGGUGCGGGGACCUUCUGAAGGGGAUUGGACCAAAAUUCGAUUGAUGUACAAGUGCUAG